AAGAAAAUAUCAAACUCAUAACCCAAAUUCCAGAUCAACACUGGCCCAUGUUUGAAAUUCAUGCCAUAAUUCAUCAACCAACAAAUCAUUCAAACAUCUGCUGUCAAUUAAUACUAAACAAAACAACCCCAAAUUCAUCACAUGAAACCAGACCCAUCUGGAAAAUUCCCCAAUUAUGCCUCUCCCUCUGCAAACCUUUGUAACCUUUUUACUUGUCGUGAACCUCCUUCUAUCUCCACCACCCACCACCGCCGUUGACUUCCUCUUCAACUCCUUUAACGACACCACAAACCUCUUACUCCUCCGUGACGCCCGCAUCGAACCACCGGUCAUCCGCCUAUCCAACGACUCCAACCAAUGGUCCAUCGGCCGAGCCUUUUACUCAACCCCAAUCCAAAUCCUCAGACCAAACUCCAACAACCUCACCACCUUCUCAACCCAAUUCAUCUUCUCAAUCCUCCCCGAAAUCCCCUCCAGUCCCGGCUUCGGCAUCACCUUCGUCUUAUCCAACGUCACCGAGCCUCCGGGCGCCGUCGGCGGCCAGUACCUAGGCCUGUUCUCUAAUCCGGCCACCGGAGCUCCGGCACCGUUGAUUGCUGUGGAGUUUGACACUGGAACUAACAAUGAGUUUAAUGAGACGAAUGGGAAUCAUGUGGGUAUUGAUUUGAAUAAUAUUGAAUCGGUGGAAUAUGUUAGUGCUGGGUAUUUUAACUCUAAUGGGAGUUUUGUUCCGGUGGAGAUGCGAAAUGGGCAGAAUGUUCAUGUGUGGAUUGAGUUUGAUGGGUCUAGAUCGGAGAUUAAUGUUACUAUAGCCCCGGUUGGUGUUUCUAGACCGAUUAGACCGUUGCUAACCUUUUGGAAUCCGAUUAUUAGGAAUUAUGUGAGUCCCGAGAUGUAUGUUGGGUUUUCGGCUUCAAAAACUACUUGGGUUGAAGCACAGAGGGUGCUCGCGUGGAGUUUUAGCGAUACGGGUGUUGCGAGGGAUGUUAAUACUACGGGUUUACCGGUUUUCAGGGCUCUAGAGUCGAGUUCGGGGUUGUCUACGGGAGCGAAAGUGGGGAUAAUUUGUGGUUCUGUGGGGUUUUUUUUAUGCCUGCUAGGUGUUUGUUAUUAUGUCUGGCUGAAAAGAUAUGCUGGGAAUGAUGAGGUUGAGGUUGAGGAUUGGGAGGUGGAUUUCUGGCCUCAUCGGUACUCGUAUGAAGAGUUGAAAGCGGCGACGAAUGGGUUUUCGGAUGAUCAUGUGCUCGGGGCUGGUGGGUUUGGUAAAGUUUAUAAGGGAACAUUGAGUAAUGAAACGGAAGUGGCGGUGAAAUGUGUGAAUCAUGAUUCGAAGCAAGGGGUGAAGGAGUUCAUGGCGGAGAUUUCGAGUAUGGGUAGGCUUCAGCAUAAGAAUUUGGUUCAGAUGAGAGGUUGGUGUAGAAAAGGUAACGAGUUACUUCUUGUGUAUGAUUACAUGCCGAACGGGAGUUUAAACAAUUGGAUUUUCGACAAGCCGAAGAGCGUUUUGGGUUGGGCGGGGCGGAAGAGGGUGUUGGUUGACGUAGCGGAGGGUUUGAAUUAUUUACAUCACGGGUGGGAACAAGUGGUGGUGCAUAGAGAUAUCAAGUCGAGUAAUGUAUUGUUGGAUGUAGAAAUGCGAGGGCGGUUGGGUGAUUUUGGGUUAGCGAAGUUGUAUACGCAAGGUGAGGUACCGGGGACGACAAGAGUGGUGGGUACGCUCGGGUAUCUGGCACCCGAGCUAGCUAUGCUGGCAUCACCAACGACGGCUAGUGACGUUUAUAGCUUUGGAGUGGUGGUGUUAGAGGUGGCGUGUGGGCGGAAACCUAUUGAAACAUGGCAUGACAGGGAUGAGGAUAUGAUUUUGGUUGAUUUGGUCCGAGAGAAGUACGUAGAGGGAAAGCUAGUGGAGCUUGCGGAUAAGAGGAUUAAGGGGGAAUAUGACGUGGAGGAUAUGGAGGCGGUUUUGAAGCUCGGGUUAAGUUGUUGCCACCCUGAUCCACUACACAGGCCGACUAUGAGCGAGGUGGUGGCACUCUUGUUGGGUGAGGAUACCACCGUUACUCCACGAGUUAUGCUACAAGAGAGCAAGAAAGAGCCGUCACCAUAACCACCGCUCAUCACAGCUGCAACCACCAUCAUCGCCACUUCCAUUGUAACUAUAUUUUACCUUCGCUAUUGUGUUAUAUUAUACGUGUUGAUACAAGCAAUAUCGCAAGUAGGGCAAUCCUGAUAGUAUCUUUGUGUAUUAUAUCAAUAUAUAUCUUGAUUUAUUUUUUUUACAAUUUUGUAUUGUUUUCUUGCAAAAUUAUAGACAAGUCAAUUUCGAUCGUCUACCCAUAAA